UAAUUAGAAAGAAAGAUUUUUUUAUUAAAAAAAGAAAAACGUUAAAAACAAUGGAAGGGGAUGUAACAUGGGUUGUCUUUCGUUUUUAAAACGGAUUUUUGAAACAUGCGCAUUAUAUAUAUAAACUGUUCGUUUCCGUUAUUUUAUCGUUUGACACUUGGUUUGACCUCUUUCAGCUGCCACUUUCACGGCACCAUUAUUUGUGAAACAUUUCUAUUAUCUGAUGACAUUGGCAUUAAAGAAGAGUUUACAUCAGAUACAUCAUCGUUAUCAACUUUUAUUAAUGAAAAGAUGUAAUCCAGCUAUAAUCCAGUCGAUAUAAAUCCAAACUCUUGACCAGUUGUAAAUUUCUCAUACCCAUUCCUGAAAUGAUUAUGAGUUUGUAUGCUAAUUAAACAGGGACUACAUAUUAGAGUGGUGCUUGUAAAUAGCUUUACAUAUUGACAAAGACUGCAGUUUAUGGAAAUAUGACCAUGGAAAUAUGUUAGAAAUCAAUUAAGAAAAAAUACAAAAGCAUCUGAAUGUUGUCAUGAAAGAAGAAUAAUUAUGGAAAAUGAAUUGUCUGAGAAGAAGGUUAAAUUUAAAACACAAUCUAAAAGGUUUGAUUCAGCUGAUGGUGUAAAGAAACGAACAGGUAAAAUAUACUGUUGUGAUAUCUGUAAGAAAAUAUUCUCUCAAAAAUGCAACCUCGAUGUACACAAACGUAUUCACACAGGAAAUAAACCGUAUCAUUGUGAUAUCUGUGGUAAAUCAUUCUCUCACAAAGGUACUUUAACAUCUCACAAACGUAUUCAUACAGGAGAAAAGCCAUAUGACUGUGAUAUCUGUGGUAAAUCAUUCUCUCAGAAAGGUCACCUAAUUACUCACCAACUUAUUCACACAGCAGAAAAACCACAUCACUGUGAUAUCUGUGGUAAAUCAUAUUCACGUGGGAUUACCUUAACUAGACACACACGUAUUCACACUGGAGAGAAACCGUAUCACUGUGAUAUCUGUGGUAAAUCAUUCUCGCAAAAGGGUCACCUAAUUACUCACCAGCGUAUUCAUACAGAAGGAAAACCAUAUCACUGUGAUAUCUGUGGUAAAUCAUUCUCUCGUGAAAAUAACUUAACUAGACAUGAACGUAUUCAUACAGGAGAAAAACCAUUCCAGUGUGAUGUAUGUGGUAAAUCAUUCUCUGAAUGUGGUGUCUUAACGUUGCACGUACGUAGUCAUACAGGAGAGAAACCAUAUUGCUGUGACAUCUGCGGUAAAUCAUUCUCUGUAACAAGUACCUUAACUAAACACAAACUCACUCAUACAGGAAUAAAACCAUAUCUCUGUGAUGUCUGUGGGAAAUCAUUCUCUCAAAAAAUUCACUUAACUACACACGUAGGUAUUCAUGCAGAAAAGUGACUGUAUUAAUGUUAAAAUUAAGACUGUAUUAAAUAAAAUCCUUCAUAUUUGUCAUUCAGAUUGUUUUAUUUUCCUCAUUAG